GGUGGAGGAGGAGGAGCUUACAGAUGCUUUCUCUUUCCAUUUACGCAAUGGAUGGUUUUCUGUCUUAUUUCGUCUAAAGAAGGAUGUCUUUGACAAUGCAGCACGUCAUCAACCAAAUAGUGGAGGAGCUCAGUCCGGAGGAGUGUAAACGUUUGUCGUACCUGUGUAGAGAAUUUCACAGUGAGCAAUGCACCACCAACAUCAAAGAAAUGCUUCUGUCAUGCAUUGACCAGGAGCAACAACCUCAGCACUUUCUGAUAGAGCUGAUGCUCAGGAUGAGGCGAUAUGAUUUACUCUACAAAGUGCUGGGCAUCAGAAGGAAAGACGCGGAGCUGUGUUUGGAAAACGGGUGUGCUCUGUCAGAGUACAGGGUACUAAUGGCUGACUUGAGCGAGGACUUCGGAUCGGACGAUUUGCACUCGUUAAUUUUCCUGCUCAGAGGAACCCUUCCUAAAGAGAAAGUGGAAAAAUGUGAGUGUUUCCUGGAUGUGGUUGUGGAACUAGAGAAGUUGGAUCAGAUCUCCAGCACCAGGAUGAACGUGAUGGAGAAAUACCUGAUAGACAUCCGCCGUGUCGACCUGGCCAAGAGACUCAGUCAGUACCAGAACAAAGCUGGAACACAAAGCCCUGCCACAGUAAAGCCAAGAGACGAGCGUCAGUCUCAGUGUAGAGCUGCAUCGACAUGCAAACCAGCACACACCAUCUCUAUAACCUUUCCACCUGCUGCCCCUCUGUCUCACACUUCAGCUGCAUUUCCCCCCACACUCGGUUGCACCAGGAAGCCCACCACAGCCUGCAUUAACAAAGAACUGCUGUGUCUCUCACCCAGAAGACCCAGAGAGCAGUGGCAGGAGGAUGUGUACCGGAUGCAAUGCGAGCCUCGUGGAUUGUGUCUGAUCAUAGACUGUGUUGGCAAUGAAGGAGCCCAUCUCGAGCAGUUAUUUUCAAAACUUCACUUCCGCGUGAUCCAUCACAUGCUACUGAGUGUCAGAGACAUCCGUUCCUGCCUGUACCACAUCUCCAGACAGACCGAACAUUCCAACAUGGACGCCUUCAUCUGCUGCGUCAUCAGCCGUUCCCGCUCAUCCCAGCUACUUGGCACUGACAUAAACACCCCGGGAAUUGACCUGAACAACAUCCGACAAUUCUUCAUGCCUGAAUCCUGCCCGGGACUGACAGGAAAACCCAAACUCUUCUUUAUCCAAAGCUAUGAAACUUCAGAGUCCUCGAACUUCAUAGGUUUCACAGAUUACCAGGCUGGAGAGCUGGAGACAGACAGCCCUUUUCAAUACCGCUUCAGGAGGGAGGUCGUGCCGGAGGACGCAGAUGUAUUCUGGAGUCACUGCUGGACUAAUGACAAGCAGCUUGAGGAGAAUAAUCAUCACUCGGUUUAUUUACAGUCCCUGCAAGAGGCUUUACUCGAUGGACAGAAGAGGAGGAUUCAUCUGGUUGACCUUCACAUGGCAGUGAAUCGAGUAGUGUAUGCUCAUAACAACAGCCAACCAGGAUUAACGUAUCACAUCAACCUCAGACACACGCUGCGCAAAAACGUCUAUCUCACCUGAGUAUUAUUCAUAUAUGAGGAACAAGCCUGCGUAUUAUUUUGAUCCAAACACACUGAGUUGUUUUCAGUUCAGAUUUUCAAAGUUCAGUGAACUUUUGUUUUACAUCCACACGAGGGCGCUGUAGUAACAGCAUUUAUUUUUUUUUUUAAGUUAUUGAAGAAAUUCCUAAACAUUUCAACAAAAUGGUAGCAUGUCAGUUUUUAUUUUUAUUUUAUUUUAUUUAUUUAUUUAUUUAUUUAUUAUUUUUACACUUAAAAAUGAAUUACGUUUAUUGUUUGAAGAUUAGAAGAUUUUAUAUAUGAUAGUGAUAUUUUGUAGUAUAUAUAGAUGUUAUUAUUAUUAUUAUUAUUAUUAUUAUUAUUAUUAUUAUUAUUAUUAUUAUUAUUAUUAUUAUUACUAUUAUAUAUUUAAGACCACAAUAAUACAGCUUUAGUUUCAUUCAUUCCAAAUAGCAGCUCAUAUAUCAAAGCCAUAUUUAAUUUUCAUAAACAUUUUUUGUAUAGCUAUUUUUGUUAAAUUUCCUAAAAAAUAUAACGACCCAUAGCGUUAAAUAUAAUUGACAGUUAACUAGAUUUCAAGAGUUUACCGUAUAUUUAUCAUAUACAGUAGUCAACCUAUUUAAUGCACUCAGUGCAAAGUCUCCUCAGCUUUUGUUUGUCGUGUGCAUAGAUGUAUUGUGGCAUAUAUUCAUACAUAUAUCCAUCUCUAAAUUAUUAAUAUAUUAUGGAAUGUAAUGCAAUAUUAUCCAUUGCAUUGUA